UCUCGGCACACAGUCUACACAGAAAACUACUGUCAGCGCACUCAAAGGCAAAAACAGAGGAUACCAUGGCAAAGAAGGUGGCAGUGAUUGGAGCUGGGGUCAGCGGCCUGAUCUCUCUAAAGUGCUGUGUGGAUGAGGGACUGGAACCCACUUGCUUUGAGAAGACUGAAGAUAUUGGAGGACUGUGGAGGUUCAAAGAAAAUGUUGAAGAUGGCCGAGCAAGUAUCUAUCAAUCUGUCAUCAGCAACACCAGCAAAGAAAUGUCCUGUUUCAGUGACUUUCCAAUGCCUGAAGAUUUUCCAAACUUCCUGCACAAUUCUAAACUCCUGGAAUAUUUCAGAAUCUUUGCCAAGAAGUUUGAUCUACUAAAGUAUAUUCAGUUCCAGACAACCGUCCUCAGUGUGAAAAAACACCCAGAUUUUGCAUCCUCUGGCCAGUGGGUGGUUGUUACGGAGAACAAUGGCAAGGAGCAAAGCGCUGUCUUUGACGGAGUCAUGGUCUGCAACGGCCAUCACAUCCUUCCUCAUCUCCCACUGGAGUCAUUUCCAGGUAUCCAGAAGUUCAAAGGCCAGUAUUUCCAUAGCCGCCAAUACAAGCACCCAGAGGGAUUUGAAAAGAAACGCAUUUUGGUGAUUGGAAUAGGAAACUCAGCCUCAGAUAUUGCAGCUGAGUUGUGUAAGAAAGCUGCUCAGGUCUUUAUCAGCACCAGACAUGGUUCCUGGGUCAUGAGUCGUAUCUCUAAAGAUGGCUAUGCCUGGGACUUGGUGUACCACACCCGGUUUAAAACCAUGCUCCGAAAUGCCGUGCCACGAAGAGUUGUAAAAUGGAUGAUGGAAAAAGGGAUGAAUCAAUGGUUCAACCAUGAAAAUUAUGGCCUUGUCCCUCAAAACAAAUACCUUGUUAAAGAGCCUGUCAUAAAUGAUGAUCUUCCAAGUCGUAUACUCUAUGGAGCCAUCAAGGUGAAAUCAAGAGUGAAAGAGCUCACAGAAACAUCUGCCAUCUUUGAAGAUGGAACAGUGGAAGAGAACAUUGACAUCAUUGUCUUUGCAACAGGAUAUACUGUCUCUUUUCCCUUCCUUGAAGAUCUUGUUAAAGUAGAGAAUAAUAUGGUCUCGCUGUACAAAUUCAUGUUCCCUCCUCAACUGGAGAAGUCAACUCUUGCAUGCAUUGGUCUCAUCCAGCCCCUAGGUUCCAUUUUCCCAACUGUUGAACUUCAAGCUCGUUGGGUAACCAGAGUUUUCAAAGGCUUAUGUACCUUGCCCUCAGAGAGAACUAUGAUGGAAGACAUUAUCAAGAGGAAUAAAAAAAGAAUUGACAUGUUUGGAGAGAGCAAUAGCCAGAUACUACAGACCAAUUACAUCGAAUACUUGGACGAGCUCGCUGUAGAGAUAGGUGUGAAGCCAAACAUCCUUUCUCUCUUGCUAAAAGAUCCUAAACUGGCUGUGAAACUCUAUUUUGGGCCAUGCAACUCCUAUCAGUAUCGCCUGGUUGGGCCUGGGCAGUGGAAUGGAGCCAGGAAUGCCAUCUUCACCCAGAAACGAAGGAUACUGAAGCCUUUAAAGACACGGGCUAUCAAAACCUCAUCAACUUUCCCAGUUUCCUUCCUAUUGAAAAUCCUGGGGCUUCUUGCUGUGGUGGUGGCCUUUUUUUCCCAACUUCAGUGA